GGAACACGUGACCACGUAAGCGAGGUCAGGAAGAGUGCUGUCACCACUUCCCUUCCAUUCAUGGCCGCAGUCGUGUUGCAUUAGAAUAUGCAGCCUAAGCCAAAAGGAAAAGUUGGAACCAAGGGCAAGAAGCAGAUUUAUGAAGAAAACCAGGAUACCUUAAAGUUUUAUUUGAGGAUCAUCUUGGGAGCCAAUGCUAUUUACAUUGCACUUCACGUACUUCUGUUUUGGAGCUCUUCUACAUUUUGGACAUGGAGCUGGUUAGUGUUUGCACUAAUUAUUUAUGGCAUAAGUUAUCGCUCUAUGCGGGGAAUGUCGACUCCAUACUUUGCAGAGGAUGGAAGUCUCACAGAUGCAGGGACUGACCUAAAUAUGGAACAAGGAAUGGCAGAGCAUUUAAAAGAUGUGAUCCUUUUGACGGCCAUUGUUCAGGUGCUGAGCUGCAUCUCCUUGUACUUCUGGUACUUCUGGCUUUUGGCUCCCGGCCGUGCUGUUUACUUGUUGUGGGUCCACUUUCUAGGCCCUUGGUUUAUGGAGCAGCCCUCUGUGGCCAACCAGGAAGUAAAUGAGAAGAAGCAGAGGCGACAGGAGCGGCGACAGAUGAAAAAGUUUUAAACUGCCUGGUGGCAGAGUUCUUUCCAUGUUACUAGCAGCCAGGCAGAAAAAAAAGCCAUGGAACUAAGGGAUGUAGGGCAGUCCUACCAUUCCAGAUCACUUCUCUCAUUAAUUAUUGAAAAUGCUGAAUGAAAGAUGAUUUCAAGCCAAGGCACUGCUUAUUAGGACAAAGUCUGUUUGUGCAUGCCAUUGGCUCACUGACAUUCACAGUGGAAUGGUUAUGAAAAGUGAUUCGUGAAUAUGAUUCAUAACAAGUGCAACAAAACAUUUAAGUAAAGGUUUAUACUAUUUUGUAA